UCUGUAUUCGUGUUUUCCCUCUAAAUGUGGAGAAACGGUGUGCUGUGGGCUGAUGCUGAGCAAUUCACGGUGUUUGUUUACGGAAGUGUAGCUGUGUUCGUGUAGUGUGGCCUCAGUUUAUUAUUUUCUACGAAACUUGAUUAUUUCGGAAGAAAAAUAAUUUACAACGUAGAUUUGGUGUAUGCUGAAGUGCAAUGGCUACUGAUAGCAUAGAAAAACUUUAUAAAAAUUUUGGUAUUUUGGCAGACGCUAAAGAGAAGAUUGGAGAGCAUGAAAAUGAAUACCUUGAAAUCCUAAAAGCUGUCAAAGGUUCACCAAAGGAAAAAAGAUUGGCCUCGCAGUUCAUUGCAAGAUUUUUCAAGCACUUCCCAGCCCUAGCUGACAAAGCGAUUGAAGCACAGCUUGAUUUGUGCGAAGAUGAAGACAUUGCUAUACGAAAACAAGCUGUAAAAGACCUACCAAAUUUGUGUAAGGAUAACAACAAGCACACAAGGAAAAUAGCAGACAUUCUGGCUCAAUUGCUGCAAGUUGGAGAUCCUACAGAACUUAGCGUGGUUCAUAACUCACUGAUGACACUUUUUAAAAUGGACGCUAAAGGUACCCUCGAUGGAAUUUUUUCACAAAUUUUUGGAGAAAAUGAACUCGGCAGAGAGAAAUGUAUCAAAUUUCUAAAUGCAAAAAUAAAAGUACUAGGUCGUGAUGUUAUUGACAAAGAAGCUGAAGAUAUUCUGAUUUCGGAAUGUAAGAAAGUGCUAAUGCAGGCAGUGACAGAAGACGAAUUUCGUCACAUAAUGGAAUUAUUAGGUUGGUCACGCUUAAGCCAGACAGUGAGCGGACAGCAAGAACUGGUAGAUUUGGUUGCAGAACAAGCUGAUAUUGGCCAACCUUUUGAUCCUCACGAUCCUGAGAUUGAGAAUGUUGUUGACAGGCUCAUACAAUGUGUUCGGCAUGCGUUGCCGUAUUUUUCAUCGCAGGUUGACUCGUCAAAGUUUGUUACUUACUUCUGCGAGCAAGUACUUCGCCAGUUUGGUGAGAUAGUAUCAAAUGAAGAUGGAGUAGAUUCACAGCUGGAGAUUCUUAAGCUGUUUGCUGAACUGUGCACACAUUGUGGACCUCUAGAAAAUGCUGAAUCAAAAGUUGAUAAGGUCUUCCAAAGGCUAGUGGAAUACAUGCCGUUACCUCCAGAUACUGAAGUUGAAGGGUCAACGCAGGAGCAGCCACGACUGGAAUUUUCGUAUGUCGAAUGCCUUAUGUAUGGCUUUCAUCGUUUGGGACGUCAGUGUCCAGAGUACCUGACAAAGGACCUGGAAAGACUGAAGGAUUUUCGGUUUAGGCUACAGUACUUUGCCCGUGGAAUCCAAGGUUACAUUAAAAAACUAAGAGAAGCCCUUCAAGGCAAGAGCCCUGAAGAUCUGCGGAGUGAAGAAAACAAAAUAAAAGUUGUGGCUUUGAAGACGACAUCUAACAUAAAUACGCUUAUUAAAGACCUGUUCCAUAGCCCACCAAGCUAUAAGAGUGAUAUAAUUCUUUCAUGGAAACCUACAAAUUCAUCAGCUGCUAAAGAAAGUACUUCACCUGGUCAGAAACGUCACACACCGAUAACUUUUACAAGUGGAGAUUCAAGUGCUUCCAAGCAACCCAAGACCGAUAAAUCUCCAAGGGAGCUUUACCAGCCACCUAGUGGGAAAUACAGCAACAAAGUUUCAAGUUACACUCCUACCAGAGGCCGCGGUAGAGGUAGAGGUAGAGGAGGAUUUCGUGGAAAUCGUGGAUGGCGACGUGGGUUCUAGGAUCGCAGUCUGUACAGUGUGCUUUCUGUGUUAAAUCGUCUCGUGUUCUGCUUAAUUGUGAAGAGAUGGUAGCAACCAGGAAACUGUUUGGCUGAAUAGACUGAAGACGUAUGUUCUGGAACAGACUUAAGAAGAGGUUAAGAUGUGCUGCAGUAAAUCGUGGGACUUUUACUCUGUAGCUUUAUUUUGAGCCGAAAAAAAUUAUCAGUUCAAAACUUUUGUUUGCAUUCUAGAGAUAACUGGUAAGUUAUAAGAAAACCAUUGAAGAUAUUAACUCUUCUGGAAGAGCAAGACAAACUGCAAGAAGCUGUAAAAGAUCGUCUCAAGAAACUCGUGUGACGUACGUCAGUGACUUGGGAUAGAACAGAAAUUUAAGUGCCACCGAGUUCUAGCUUCAGUCAUUUGGGAGAACUUACGUAAAACCAGCUCUUGUCCUUCGCCAUUUAAUCCAAAACUGACCUACAUGAAGUGGCUUUGCAGUUUUGUUGCACAAAAAUUCAUUAUUGUAGUCUUGUAUUGUAUGUAAUCUUGUCCAAAUAACAAUUGUGAAAUUUAGAGUAACUCAGAUGCAAAGAGAAAUCAUAUCAGCACACAGUUGGCUUUUUGUUUCUGUUUAAGAAAAGUUAUAGCCAUAUUAGUAGGUUGUAUAACUACUCAGUUAUGAUCAUUGUCUUUUUUUAAAAAAUUGAAGAUACUUGUGCUCCCAAAGAUUAAUACACUAAAUUCUUAUAAUUUACUCUUUUUUUUCUGUGCAUUGUCUGUUGAGACAAUAGUCAGUUAUUGGCUCAUCAUAAAAAAUCAUGUAAGAUGUGUGUUAUCUCGGUCACCAUCUUUAUAUGUAGUAGCACUGUAACUUAAGUGAGGAAGGUUGCAGCUUCCCAAUGAAAUUGGUCAUUGUAUUACAUCUAACAUUGAGCUUCUAGCUCCUUAUAAUGAUUUUUGGAUAUUCAUUUGAAAUUGUGUACUGAUCUGUUUGUGUGCAGUGCCAGUCAGAUAUGUAUUUGGAGUUUUGAAUGUGUCAUUACUUGCUUUUUGUAGAAUCAUCAUGAGUAGAAGUCUACACAUUCAUAUUGUUAAGAGGAGUAAGCCUUUUUGAUGUUACCACGUUGAUUGAAAGAGCUGUAAGGAAAUGUAAACUGUUAAUACAAAGACUGCUCCGGCGCA